CAAUUUAUAGCUAAUUGACGUUAUUUCGUAGAAUAUUGUUUUCGCCUUGACAAGAAAACAUCUUUUGUACAUUCUUGUCCAGAAGCACAAUUAAAUUGGCCAUGUUUUAAUGCUGAAAAGCAAUAGUGGAAAGCAUGCAGGGAGGAUGGAUACUUUUUACUCUUCAAUACUCUUUUUUUUAACAGAACAGUGAGGUGUUCAGGCUGUAGAGUGAACAUGUACAUAGUUAAUGUGUACAGUCACUGGAGGGAGGUGUCUGGGUGGUGUUGUACGUGUGUUUACAUGAUCUGGCGAGUUACAGUGUCAGGUUUUCAAAGUGAAGAAAUCUUCCCAGUGAGAAUAACAGGUCCACUUCCUAAAUUGUUUUACAGAAAUGAAACCCUAAACUGAGGUGGAUGUGCGCCAUUACCACGUCGCUCUAAACCGGUCAGGUGAGAUUUCUGUGUGAACAGAUGGUCGACAUAGUCUUCGAGUAGAAAAUGAUCAAGUUUGCGCAAAUAGAGUAGCAAAACCGGAUGUUAAGCGACGAUUUUCACAAUAUUAUGAAAUGAAAAUACACCUUUUGAAGGUCAUUCGCGUCUGCAAAGUGACAAAGUGGUGUAUGAACUAUAAAUGUCGUGCCUUAUCGUUGUGUUUACUUCAUUUGAAAGCGUUUAACGAGAGAAGAUGGAAAUUUAUAUGUAAAGUCUUACCGGAUGUAGUGUAGGUGUGACGGGUGACUUGACGGUGAUGGCCAGGGUUCAGCUCCCGGCCACUAGGAGGAACAAGGAGGGCUCCCUGCCCGGUCCCAGCGUGGAGAAGGAAACGGUCUGAGAGCCCGCAUCCCUACACAAGACGGGACGGAGCUAAAGCCCGGGAGGAGGCGGAGGAGGAGGAGAAGAGCACUUUCAGUUUGACUUCGAGGACUUUCUUUACAUGGGGACUUAGAAAUGUCAUCGACUGCGAGCGAAAGGAGAGCGUUUGCUCAUAAAAUCAACCGGACCGUUGCUGCAGAGGUCAGAAAACAAGUGUCCAGAGACUAUGGCUCACCUCAGCUGUCCAAGAAACGAGGAGGUGGACACCACCCUUUGCCCCUGACGGAGGUGGUUGAGCCGGUGGACUUUGAGGAGUAUGUGAGCAGUCAUGCCCCUGGGGUGGAGCCUGGCCCCCUCAGACAGCUCAUGGAGUUCCCCCAGGAUGACCUGGAGCUCCUCCAGCUGGACAAAGACUGCACUACACUGGAGCCCCCACUGCCUGAGGAGGAGGACGCGCUGGAUCCCAGAGUGAGAGAUGCCUUGGCAGUCUACACAGAUGACUGGCUUGUCAUUCAAAGAAAAUAUCAGCGCUACAGCACCACACACACCCCGUGCAACUCUGAGCGGCAGAGGGAGAGGCAGCGUGGACUGGUCAAACAGACCUUUGAACUGGAUGAGGCUGCUGCUGCUGAGCGCCUAGAUGACCAGGAUGACGCAAAGCGACGGUCAGUUAGCCUUGAUGAGACUCCUCGGGGCAGCUGGGCCUCCAGCAUCUUUGACCUGAAGAACUCCUCCCCAGACGUUCUCCUGCCGUCUGUGCUGGAACGAACAGCUGCGGAGGACAUGGACCGCCGCAAUACUGAGGCCCGUCUGCAGGGGCGCCACAGUGACCUGCUUGGCCUGUACCCUCCCCCUGAUGAGGAUGAAGCAGUAGAGAGAUGCUCUCUUCCUGAAGUGCCCAAGGAACAUUGUGGCCAGAGGAUUAUGGUCAAGUGUCUGUCUUUGAAGUUCGAAAUAGAAAUUGAACCAAUAUUUGGAUCACUUGCACUUUAUGAUGUCAAGGAAAAGAAAAAGAUCUCAGAGAAUUUUUAUUUCGACCUAAACUCAGAUCUGAUGAAAGGACUGCUUAAACCCCAUACACCUCACAUGGCCAUAUCCACACUGGCCCGUUCUGCUAUUUUCUCCAUCACAUACCCCUCUGCUGAUAUCUUCCUGGUUAUUAAGCUUGAAAAAGUCCUUCAGCAGGGAGACAUUGGCGAAUGCUGUGAACCCUACAUGGUGAUGAAAGAAUCGGACUCUUCCAAGCACAAGGAGAAGCUGGAGAAGCUGCGUCUUCAAGCAGAGCAGUCAUGCAGUCGUCUUGGCCGUUUUCGUAUGCCCUUUGCCUGGACUGCCAUUCACCUUGUCAACAUUGUCAGCAGUGUGGGAGGUCUCGAUCGGUCCGACCCAGACUCUGACUCUGAACGAAAAAGCCAUGGAACGUGGAAUGAGAGAAAGAAGAAGGGGUUUGAGCGGAUGAGCGUUGGAGACGACAUGUGUAACUUUGCCACUUUCCGUCCAGCAACACUUACUGUCACCAACUUCUUCAAACAGGAGGGGGACAGGCUGAGUGAUGAGGACCUCUAUAAGUAUCUGGCAGAUAUGCGCAGGCCGUCCUCCGUUCUGCGGCGACUGAGGCCUGUCACAGCCCAGUUGAAGAUUGACAUUUCUCCAGCUCCGGAUUCGCCUCAUUACUGUCUGUCACCAGAGCUGCUUCACGUGAAGCCUUAUCCAGACCUGCGUGUUCGUCCAACCAAAGAGGUGCUGGAGUUCCCUGCUCGCUAUGUGUACACACCACACACCACCUACAGAAACCUGCUCUAUGUGUACCCACAAAGUCUGAACUUCAGCAGUCGUCAGGGCUCAGUGAGGAACAUCGCUGUGAAAGUUCAGUUCAUGGCAGGAGAAGACCCCAGUCAAGCUUUGCCCGUCAUCUUUGGAAAGUCGAGUUGUGCCGAGUUCAUUAAAGAAGCGUAUUCUCCUGUAAUCUACCAUAACAAGUCUCCUGAGUUCUAUGAAGAGAUGAAGAUGAAGAUUCCUGCCAAUCUGACAGACAACCACCAUCUGCUGUUCACCUUCUACCACAUCAGCUGCCAACCCAAACAGAACACUCCUCUGGAGACCCCUGUGGGCUACACUUGGAUCCCUUUGAUGCAGCACGGCCGGCUACGCACCGGCUCCUUCAGCCUGCCCGUCUCUGUGGAGAAGCCUCCACCUAGCUACUCUGUGCUCACCCCUGACGUUCAGCUCCCAGGCAUGAAGUGGGUGGAUAAUCACAAAGGAGUGUUCAAUGUCGAGGUGACAGCGGCCUCCUCGGUUCACACUCAGGACCCCCACUUGGAUAAGUUUUUCACUCUAGUGUAUGUUCUGGAGGAGUACUCCUUCCCUUUCCGCCUUAAGGACGUCAUCAUAACAGAGGCAAACAUGGAGGGGGAGCUUAAAGCCAGCAUGGCUGCACUGAGAGGAGCCCUGCUGGAUACCUGUGUCAGGUUUUUGCAUCAGCUACUCAACAAACUCAUUCAGCUCAUCGUCUACCCUCCAGUCAUCGCAGGCCAAAUCGUGAACCUGGGACGAGCUGCUUUCGAAGCAAUGGCUUUGCUGGUCAACCAGAUCCACAAAAACCUGGAGGGAAACCAAGACCAGCAUGCCCGCAACAACCUGCUGGCGUCCUACAUCCAUUACUGCCUCCGCCUGCCCACAGCUGAGCCUGCAGUGCCCCCGACAGCAGGCACCCAGACCUAUGAGAUGCCCAUGCAGUUUGCUACAUUAUCGAGGGCAACGGCUCGCCCGAGCAGCCUCCACUUGUCCCGUUCAAAGAGUAUUAGCAACUCUAACCCUGACCUGGCAAGCACACCCGUUUCUCCUGAUGAAGAGGUGCAAAGGAUCAUAGGAAGCAAGGGCAUUGACCGCUCCCACUCCUGGGUAAACUCUGCUUAUGCCCCUGGGGGCUCCAGAUCUGUGCUACGCCGGAACCCCAACUCCAGCUGUGAGCUCAAGCAGGCAAACGACCGCAGCUGCAAUCGCAUGUCUGCCUUUCUGGACAGCGUGACCUUGUUUUCAGUUCCCACAAGGCAGAUUGCAAAGAAGCUGCUCCAUGAGGAGCUGGCAUUACAGUGGGUGGUCAGCACCAGCACAGUGAGGGAAGCAGCGCUGCAGCAGGCUUGGUUUUUCUUCCAACUUAUGACAAAGAGCAUGGCCCAUCACCUGUUCCUGACAUCGAAAGUGGAAGCUGCCAGGCGUCAACGUUUCCCAGACCGCUUUGUGGACGACAUUGCUGCACUUGUGUGUGCCAUCAGCGCAGACAUAGCCAGUCGAUACCACAAGGAUGUGGAGCUUGUGGAGAGGUUAAAUAGCAGUCUGGCCUUCUUCCUGAAUGACCUGCUGUCUCUCAUGGACCGGGGCUUUGUGUUCAACCUCAUCCGCUCUUACUACAAACAGAUUGCCAACAAGCUUCACACAGCGCAAAAUCCCAGUUCCCUGAAUGCCCUUAGGAUGGAUUUCACUCGUAUUGUCUGCAGCCACGAGCAUUAUGUCAUCCUCAACUUGCCCUGCUCAACUCUGAGCCCUCCAGCUUCCCCCUCCCCCUCCACCUCUUCCACCACCUCACAGAGUUCAGCAUUUUCCAGUGUGGUUCAAGACCAGGGGGUGGUCACCAUGUUUGAGCUCUCCGUCCCUUUUCGCCAGCAGCACUUCCUUUCCGGCCUGCUGCUUACUGAGCUCUCUCUCAUCCUCGAUCCAGAUGGUGAAGGGGUUUUCUUCCUUCACAAAAAGGCCAUUAGUGCAGUCCACUCCCUGCUGUGUAGCCAUGAUGCAGACACUCGCUACAGGGACCCUCAGGUCAGAGCCCACGUUGCUCAGCUCUACCUGCCCCUUAUCCCCAUCGUCAUGGAAACAUUGCAUCAGCUUCACGACUUCUCCGACUCCUCGCCUGCUCGGGUCCGCCAUGCCUCCGCCCACACUGACGAUGCUGACCCAGACAGUAGCAACACUAUCAGUCAGUCUGUUGCCAUGGCAAUUGCAGGCUCCCCUUUGCCGCAUGCCAAAGCCAACCCGUUUGCACUGCCCACAGUGGCUGGGCGUCAGUCCAGCUCUCUGUCUGCUGAGUGCAGCAGGACUCUGCUGGUGUGUUUCCUGUGGGUGCUGAAGAAUGCAGAUGCAGCUCUCCUGGAGCGCUGGGUGUCUGAUUUGUCUGUUCUGCAAAUCAACCGCCUGCUGGAUCUGCUGCAUCUCUGUGUCUCCUGCUUUGAAUACAAGGGGAAAAAGGCUCUGGAGAGGAUCAACAGCCUGACGUUUAAAAAGUCUCAGGACAUGAAGGCCCGAUUGGAGGAAGCCAUACUGGGCACCAUCGGAGCCCGACAGGAGAUGGUUCGUCGCUGCAGAGAAAGGAGUCCUUAUGGCAGCCAGGAGAAUGUUAGGUGGAGAAAGAACGUCACUCACUGGAGACAAAACGCAGACAGAGUCGACAAGACUAAGGCUGAGGUGGAGCAGGAGUCUGUCGUUGAUGGAAACUUAGCUACUGAGGCCUCUCUGAUUGUACUGGACACACUGGAAAUUGUAGUCAAGACUGUGGUUGCAUCAGAGCUGAAGGAAAGUGUUUUAGGCGGCGUGCUGAGAGUGCUUCUCCACAGUAUGGCAGGCAACCAGAGCGCCCUCUUUCUGCAGCAUUGCUUCACUACACAAAGAGCUCUAGUUUUCAAGUUCCCAGAGAUGCUGUUUGAAGAGGACACUGAGCUUUGUGCAGACCUGUGCCUGCGUCUCCUGCGUCACUGCAGCAGCAGUGUCAGUUCUGUCAGAAGUCACGCCUCAGCCUCUCUUUACCUGCUCAUGAGACAGAACUUUGAGAUUGGAAAUAACUUUGCGCGAGUGAAGAUGCAGGUCACCAUGUCUCUGUCCUCGCUGGUGGGAACAUCACAGAACUUUAAUGAGGAGCAUCUUCGUCGGUCUCUCAAAACGAUCCUGACAUAUGCUGAAGAGGACCUAGAGCUGCGUGACACACCUUUCCCAGAGCAGGUCCAGGAUCUGGUGUUCAACCUGCAUAUGAUUCUUACUGACACUGUGAAGAUGAAAGAGCAUCAGCAGGAUCCAGAGAUGCUCCUUGACCUGAUGUACAGGAUUGCGAAGGGCUACCAGAACUCGCCCGACUUGCGCCUGACGUGGCUUCAGAACAUGGCAGGUAAACACUCGGAGAGAGGGAACCAUGCUGAGGCGGCCCACUGCCUGGUCCACAGUGCAGCUCUGGUGGCAGAAUACCUGAACAUGCUGGAGGACUGCCGCUACCUGCCCAUUGGCUGUGUUACAUUUCAGAAUAUAUCAUCCAACAUAUUAGAGGAGUCAGCAGUAUCCGAUGACGUGCUGUCUCCAGAGGAGGAGGGCAUUUGUGCUGGCAAAUAUUUCAGCGAGUCCGGCCUGGUGGGCCUCCUGGAGCAAGCAGCUGCCUCCUUUAACAUGGCUGCCAUGUAUGAGGCUAUAAAUGAAGUGUACAAGAUUCUCCUGCCCAUCCAUGAAGCCAACAGAGACUUUAAAAAGCUAGCUACUGUCCAUGGGAAACUACAGGAUGCCUUCAACAAAGUCUACAACCAAAGUUCAGGAUGGGAGAGAAUGUUUGGGACCUACUUUCGUGUGGGUUUCUAUGGCUGUCAGUUUGGAGACCUGGAUGAGCAAGAGUUCGUCUACAAGGAGCCAUCAAUCACCAAAUUAGCUGAGAUCUCCCACAGGCUCGAGGAGUUCUACUCUGCGAGGUUUGGGGUGGGGAUGGUUGAAAUUAUCAAGGACUCCAACCCAGUUGACAAAAACAAACUGGAUCCCAACAAGGCCUAUCUCCAGAUCACCUAUGUCGAGCCCUUCUUUGACACGUAUGAGCUGAAGGAAAGAAUCACCUAUUUUGACAAGAACUACAACCUGCGUACCUUCAUGUACUGUACUCCCUUCACUCUGGAUGGGCGUGCACACGGCGACUUGCACGAGCAGUACAAACGCAAAACCAUCCUGACAACAUCUCACGCCUUCCCUUACAUCAAAACACGCAUCAACGUUCUGCAAAAGGAGGAGAUCAUUCUUGUUCCAAUGGAGGUGGCAAUUGAGGACAUGCAGAAGAAGACUCAGGAGCUCGCCUUUGCCACAAACCAAGACCCUGCAGACUCUAAGAUGCUUCAAAUGGUGCUGCAGGGCUGUGUGGGCACCACUGUCAACCAGGGCCCCCUCGAGGUGGCGCAAGUCUUUCUCUCCGACAUUCCCGAUGACCCAAAACUGUUCCGCCAUCACAACAAACUGCGCCUCUGCUUUAAAGACUUCACUAAGAGGUGUGAGGAUGCCCUGAGGAAGAAUAAAGCCCUCAUUGGACCAGAUCAGAAGGAGUACCACAGAGAGCUGGAGAGGAACUACUAUAAACUGAAAGAAGCUCUGGGUCCUCUCAUCAACCGCAAGAUCCCACAGCUAUACAGAACCCUGCCAGCUCAGACGACGCAAACACAACGGAACUCCUACAGUAGGUCCAGUCUCCGCAAAGUCGACUGCUGAGGCGCAGAAAACUGGAAAACAACUCAGAGCAACAAGCUUUAGAAAUUAGCACCGUCUCAUCCCGUCUGUUCUCCCUCCCCCCACCGCCCGGCACGCCAACUGUCACAGGCACACACACACACACGCUAUACUCUUCCUCAUCCAGCUCAUUAUUUUACCCCCACCACCCCCUCAGCCACCCAGCCAUGCCUAAAACCAAGCCAUACCCCCUCACCGCCCAUGACAGGCACACACACAGUUAGCUGUCACCUCUUUUCCCUGCUGUACCGUCUCCCCCGUCGCCACCAUUCUCACACCUCUAUAGGGAAAAAAAAACCUCAGCUGUUUAUACUGGAAGGUUAUCUGCUCUGUAAACAUUGUCAUUCGGAGCGAGGCUCUCAGGUGCCAGCGUUUAAAAGAAAGCUUUCUAAAGUAAUCUACUCACUGACAACCCAAUGCAAUCUGUCUGAGCUUGAUCUGGCUUUAACUUGAAGGUUUUUUUUUUGUUUUUUUUUUUUUUACCAAACUUCAGUGACCAAACCCAUUGUGUAUCCAGAGUUCGUUCUUGAGCGUAUCGAUUUCCUUUUUGCCUGGACUGUGUGCUUUUGAACAAGACUGUUGGUUGUCCUUUUUUUAGUCUCAGUUUUCUUAAACAUCCCUGGUAGGGUUCACUACCAGUUAUUAAAUAGUCCCAGGGAGUUUCCUUUUGUUAUCAGCUGACCAAAUAACUGACAUUCCUUCUUCCUCAAGCUGUCACAUUUAUCUACCCAUCUCUCGCCAUAAGAAUCCAAUAUAAAUUGAGUUGUUGGGCUCAUUCUUUGCAAGCCUAGGACUCGCAUCUCAUACAUAAACGUGUAAGGAGGAAAAAUGGCCGGAUGGGAUGUUUAAAUGUGUUUUUUAAACUGUGAAAUUCUCUUGUAACGCACUGCAGUCCCAACAGUUAUUACAGAAACACUGCCUUCACCUACACAAAUAUGUUCAAACUGUGACGUUUACUAUCACCCUGCAGUACAGUCUGAUAACUGAAUACAUUUUGGCUGUGUAGGCAAGUCCUCUUUUGACUGUGUGUGACCUGCUGUCAGAAAAGCACUCCAAAUGUUUUGUAUACGUCCGCCACUGUGGCUGUAGAAGAUUUGCAUUCGGUGUAGCCAUGUCCAACUACUGUAUGUAUUAAAUUGCACUAUUGUAAACAAACUGCAGCACAUUAAUACUGUAACUACUAAAAUAUCUGUGCUUUUCUUAUUUUACAAGGCUGGAAACUUUUUUCUUUUUUUUUUUUUUUACCAAUUAGAGAAGCAUUUUUAUUUAUUUACACUGCCUUCUAUUAAAUAUCUCUUCCUAAACUGUUGGUCAGCUUUAAUUUGUUGGGUUAUACAGUGUGGAGACACUGUAAGCACUUGGAUUAUUUUAAUGACCAAUUAUUGUUAUCACUGUUAUAUGUUUAAGGAAUUUCUGUGCUGCUCCUUGUGAGCUUUUUUACUUGAGGGUCUUUGGAGGUCUUUGUAGAUUAAUAAAUGUCCUUGGAGGUUCUUUGAA